CCCACAUGCGCUCCAAGAUACCCAAGACAUGGCAGGACCUCAGCUAUCUCCUGCGAAAGUUGUCCUGCUGGCUGUCCAGCUGGCCCACAAAGCCGAAGUUUCACACCUUCGAACCCUCAUAUCUCAACACCGGAAGACCCUCCGUACCGAAAUCGUCCUGCGCGUCAUCCUCAGCCAUUUACCAGAAAGCCUCGAGUCUUCCCAAUAUGUCCAGUUUCUACAAGAUUUAGUAGAGGGGGACAUUGUGGAAGAUCCAAAUUUUCCAGUGGAUAAGUCUGUGCUUGAUGGCCUCAGCGAUAAGGAAGCAAGCAAGAAAGUCCGGAAACUGCGUUUGCUUCCUUUACUAUGGCCAAAUGCCCCAGCAGACGCUCCUGAAGAUCCUCUUACACUCUUCCUCAUCCAUCGGUCUUUGAGAAUUGACGAGAAUACUGGUUUGAUUACCCAAGUACCAGCGUUGGUUACGCCAUUUCUACAACGAUCCUCCUACCUUCGAACGUGGUUCAUAUCGACAAUUCUUCCCCUUCUACGAUUAAACUAUGAAUAUCACCCGCAGGAUGGUUCCAAUAUUUCUAUAGCUGUCUUUGAGCGUCUGGAUGAUGAGGCUGGCGUCAAAUUGCUGCUUUCAAGGAGUAAUAUUCCAGAGACAGAUGAUACCAGUGACGAAACUCUUGGGCGAGAUUUAAGAGGCUUAAUUGGCCCUUGGAUGUAUGGUGAUAACAGGUUGAAGCGAAGAAAGAUUCUAAGAAAAUCGACUUUUGACGCACAAACGGUUCCGCCUCUGGAUGAAGCUCCGGCGGUCAAUGAGAAGUAUGCCAGUUGGGAGGAAGUCUUCAAAUGGAUCACAGCACAAGCCACAUCAGGAUGGGAAACAGCUGUACAAACAAUUGAGCAAUGGGAAGGACCUGGAGACGUGGAUCUCGGAGGCUAUGAAGAUAGAAAUGCGUGGCUGGAUGAGGAUGAUCAGCAACAUCUUGAGCAACGAUAUGCCCGUUCAGCACUUGCAGCCGCAUAUCUUAUUCCUGAAGCCUCUUUGGAUGCGCUAGUAGGUGUGCACAGGAUCCUAUCGAGAACUAUCACCCGUCUUGAUCUUGAGAGGAUACCCACGUUAGAAGUUGCUGGUGGCCUUCUUUCACCGGUCUCAAUACGGGGGGAAAAUAACAUUGUCUCCCCAAAGAACGCUGUAUUUCUUCGAAAUGGUCUUAUGGACGAGCAAAACAUUCUUACCAAACCGAGCAAAGUAUCUCUGAGAUUCCUCCACGCCUUAUUAAUCAGUGCCUUUUUGUUCACUAGGGAGCGUACAGCCUUGUCUGUCCUGAGAGCUGGACAGGUGACGCUGAGGCAAGAUGAAAGUGAACAGAAAAUGGAGCUUGCAAGAUUCAUGGCAAAAGGACCAGGUCUUUCGCCUACGAAAGGAGAUGAUAGAUACUGGACUAGGAUUAGGAAUGAAAUUUUGUGGAUGCGCAGCUGGGGCGCCGAAGAGCUUGGGGAGGCCACGGAUGGUUUGCCUGGAAAGGGUAUUUUUGGACAGAUUCCAAAAGAGUACAUGGAGGUCGAGAUCCUCAAAGGCCUUCUUUCAAAUUCCCGCUUUACCCUUGCAAAUCAAAUCUAUGAGAAGUCGCCAGAACGACCUAUAUCAAAGGGCGUGCUCGAGGAGACGGUCAUUUCCGCAGCUAUGGAGGCAUAUGACAAUGCAACAAAUCCCAAUAAGACUCGGGGUGGUGUGAAGAGGUGCCAUGAAAUUCUGAGAGCAUUCCGCGAAACAUUGGCCAAUUCCAUUCGGUCGACUCAAUUAGAACAUUUGAUUAUCGUCACGCAUGCUGUUGGAGAAUAUCGAUUGGUCCUAAAACAGAAAGAGCCUUUUACGCCGGUUGCUCUGCGAGUACACGCUGAUCCUAUAUCUAUCAUUGGCAGGAUUCUCGAACAGAACCCUAGAAGUUAUACCAAAAUCAAUGAUUUUGUUUGGAUGGGGAAAGAGAUGACGAAGGCUGGACUGCCUGUUCGCGAUACUACAGUAGAUUCUACCAUCAGCGAACAACAAUUUCUCGACCAAGAAUCCGUCGCCGAGAGACGCGUCGUCGCUAUGUGUAUCUCUGCCGCUCUCGCUGAGGACGAUUUUGAAACGGCAUAUUCCUACAUUACGACUCGCUUAGCUGCUAUCGCCAGCCAGGCACACACACGUACUCCCGAUCAUGGACGACGAGGAGGUCUUUUCGCUGAACGGCCUCCAAGGAUAAUCGAUGACUGGUCGUGGAAGGCAGCAUUGGAAGCGGGAAAAUAUCGACGCACUUCACAAACAACCAAGCCAACUCACCUUGGAAACUCAAGCGGAAAUCCCGAGAUUCGUCACCUAGAGCAACGGAUGGAUUGUCUGUCUCAUGCCCUCAGAUUUGCACCGAAAUCUACUCUUCAAGAAAUCUUGAAUGCUUAUCGUCGUUGCGAGGAGGAAUUAGAGACACAGACAAAACUAGAGGCUGAACAGGAGGAGGCUUGGGAUACACAGGGCGACGAUAAAGCUAUGCCAGGUGGUUUUGGAGUUAAGAAGAGAGAUGUGGCACCUUACUCUUCCCGCGCUGCAGAGGAGGCCCCUAUGUCCUUAUUUGACCUAUCACGUGCCAGCAUGGCCCGCGCCCAGAGUGGAUUCUCAGCUCUCGCCAGUCUCCAAAACAAGAUGGGCAAUUUAAGUGUUGAGGCUCUUGGGGAAAGUGGCAUGGAUUCUGAAUCUUCAGCUGCAAGACAGGCUAUGAGAAAGAGGGAUCAGUUAAAAAAUGUGGCAACUGGUGCUCUUGCUAGUGGUGUCGGCUGGUUGAUCGGCGCAACUCCUAACCCUGGUAAUUCUCAGAACCACUGAAACGGAUUGGGUACUUUGAAGCAUUUUAGCGGGAGUUGGGGGAACAAGGCAAGGCGUAGCAUCGGGGAUUGUAGGAUUAAUACGAUACUGCUAAUGAUGGGAAUCAUUAAUAAUCAACCAC